GGAGCAUGAAGAUCACAACACUGUGUUCCCAGCCACUUUGCUCUGCCUGCCCUCCUUUACUUGAGCUUUCCGUGCAAUUCCAAAAUACUGUACACGCGGGUCCUGGACACGCGGGGCCAAUCCAUCCACCUGCCAUAUUGGAGCCCACGUAAAUUUCCCAAGGAAUUAAUCUAGGUUUCUCCUCUCUCUUACCUCUCUUCACCACUACCAAUUAUCAGAUCAAGCAAGGAUACUAUAUCGUUGAAAAGUAUCAACUUGCAAUUCCUUUCGCUAUUCCUGUCUGGUCAACCACAUCGCCUUCCAUCUUGCCAAUCGCAUCGUCUGGGUUUCGGUCUUCUUGUGGCAAGUCGUUCUGAGUCGAGUCGAAAGACACCAUUUUGGGAGAUUCUUUUCGACUUUUCGCGAGUAUCCGCGACUUUUUGCGACCUUUUGGCCCUUUUGUGCACUUGUCGGAGUUGUCUUGCAAGUCGCUUGUCUGAAAUCUAGAAAUUCUAGUCUUGGGUUUAUACCUCUGGUGUUCCGGUGGCCUCUCUGUACCGACUUCAGCAAUUUGCUGAAAGCCCUUCGAGGUCGUCUGGCUUUGAGAUGCAGCACAUAACUGCACUCAUAUUGUCUGAGUCACAGCCCCGUUCUAGUCAGCACUCUGCUGGCAUAUCUUGCCGACCUCUGGCAAUCUCCUUUUCGUCUGAAAGGAAAGAGCCAACGGCUACCUUCGGUACUAUCUCUCUGGCUCAACAGGGUCAUCAACUAUUGUUCGGUUCAGCACCUGCACAUAUCAACCACCUGAAAGUACCCUGCAUAGGCACAAACAAUGCCGGAAGGCAUGCGGCUUCGCACCACUUCCGAGCGGAGGGCUCCAGCCCGAUUUGGAGACCCGGACGGGGAAGGCGAGGAGAAUUACAUCGGUUCUCAGGUGCCACAGACUGACGACCCCAACUCGAAAUUUCCUCGCCCAGUCUACCAAUUCGACAACCAGUUGGCCCGAGAGUGCGCCUUCCCUACCUUGCCAUUCAAUCACCCUGGCCCAGGCCCCUCUGGUGCCAUCCUCAACGAGAGGCGGAAAAACGGGGGAGUUACGAUCCUUCCUCAACACCAACCCGCAGUUUCUGCUGGCACCGGUCAUGAGGGCAGUGGCGAUUAUCAGGACGAAGAGGAUCAUGAGAGCGAGGCCAACAAAGAAGAUCAAGCACAUCAAACAAGAGAUACAUCCAUCAACCCUACCACCCGGGAUCAAACAACCAUCUCUGGAAAGCCCAAUCUUGCCAUUCAGAACCAUGGCCACCGGGGCCGCCUUCCCUAUUCAGCACCAGCCGAGGACUGGAUUGCUGCUGCGAACCAACCUGAGGGUCACGAUGAUUCGGAUCUUGAUGCCCUUUUGUCCGGGGCAGAUCAAGUGGACCCGGAAUUGCCAAGUUUUGGGCUGGAUCCGCGAGAUAGAGAUCAUGACGAUGUCGGAGACUGGACUCGGACCUCAUCAGAGUAUCAUUUUGACAUCAGUCCGUCACCUCCUGAUACAGCAUCUCCACACGGGGACCCGUUUGUGACACACCCCGAGGUGCCUGGCAAUGCGCUUCCCGAGGUUGGAGUCUCGCAGUCACAGCCUCGAUCAAGGCGGCCCUAUACGGUACACAUCGACAGAGAUGCCGCCAAGAGAAGGGCUGAAGAGGUUGAGCGCAGCCAGACGCGCAAUUUUGAUCUGCGUAAACUCGGCCAGAGAGCCCCCGACUGGGUGAGUCUGUCAGACAGCGCGAAAUACAUCAUUACCUAUGAAAUGACCAAGACUGGCAUGUCAUUCGUACAGUUCAUCCGCACGUUUCGGCUGAGCGCUUCUGAGGCCACCGAGUUGAUGAACUUGGUCGGUGAAGAGCAACGCAAGAUUGAUGAUUUCGACAAGGAGAUCAAGAAACACUUGCAUGCUGCUGAUCUGACCUGGAUGGACGAGUACAACAAAACCCACGCUCCACUUAUCACCGACCAUUUUACCGCCAAAGAGAUUCGACUGGCAAAGGAUUUCAUGACUUUCAUGGGCUUUGGGGACGUUGCUUCCAAUCUCGGUGGAUAUGUAGGCGUUGGCGCUGGUAGGCGGUUCCCUAUUUCGCUCAACCACUUCUGGGGAGAUGGAUUCAGAGACUUACCACCCCAUUUCAAAGUCUUCUGUUCGGGGGAGCUUGACAAAAUGGCCAGUACCUGGGAUGAGGUGCAGAAAGAGCACCCGCCACGCCUGUCAACUCCAGAGAUGCUGGUCAGGCUUGAUCCUCCGCCUGGUACGAUCAACCCAAGGAGACUCCUCAUCAACCCAGAGCCCGCCCCAUCUGCCCGGCAGCCUCCCGGCCAAUCUCAUCUUGCUGGUGAUGCCUCUGUUGCCGACGCUCCGAUUCGGAAUCCUGCUCUCCCACUUCGUUCAGCCACGGCUUCUUUCCCUCCAGGACUGCAUGGACGCCAACCGCAUUCCGUAGAUGCAGGUUAUCGUAAUGCCGAACAAGCACAGCCUGUUAAUUUUGCACAGCAUGAUUUUCCAGCUUGUCUACCGGACCCAAGCUAUGGUGUUCCCAUCAACCCCUUCGCUAGCAUGCCUCCCCCAAGCAUGCCUGGCAGUCCUAGACAUUCCCAACACGGUGGCUGGCAGCGUUAUUUGCAAGUGCAGGACGAGCCUCAAUUCCCUCAAGGGCCUCAGCAUCAGCAUAUUUACCACGACAGAGGGACGCAGUGGGGCCUACCGGACCGCUACCGUGAGCCAGCGAACGUUCAUUUCGCAAUGGCAAUGGGAGAAGACCAAGAGCUCAGACAACCGCCCAUGAUCAUUCGGACUCGCUAUCCCCCGCCGCCCGCACACUCUCAACAACCUCCGGAUAUCGAUAUGCACCGGGAGCUCACCUUGAGCCCCGCCUUUGGCCAUGCAUCCAGUCGAGCAGUACCUGGCAGCAACCACAGAGAGCAUCCCGAUGUUGCCGGUCUCCUGCCUCAUCGUCGUGCCCCUGGACCAAUGGAUCAUCGCCUACAGCAGAUGCCAAGUCAUGGUCUUGGUGACCGAAGCAACCAAGCAUUUGAUCCGCGUCAGUGUGUGCACGCAUUCCGUGCUGCUCCCCAGAUUGCUGCUUACCCGUCCGGGAUGGGCCAUGUUCCUCAGGACCAUGUCUCAUCCGGGGAGCUGUCAAGGCGGAACAUCGCCAGUGGCAGCGGGACUGAAAUGCCACUUAUGAACACUACUCAGCUGGCUCUGCUGUAUCGCACAUAUGAUCAGCCCCGUCCAUCAAGGGGGACGCUGCACCACACUGCUGGUUAUGUAGGGCGUUCAGCUGGCACGGGUCAACUCUCCCAUCUCCAAGGCAACUAUCCUAUCCCGGUCUUGGGUAGACAAACUGGUCUACAGGAAGCUAGACAUGUUGGCAAAAUGAGACAGAAGGAUGCUCAAGCGUCCAGCGCACAACCGCCGAAAGAAAGCUUCAGCGAACCCCUUCUCAAUUAUCCCCGACCCAAGAUCCAGCAGCGAGAUCCCAGGUUGCGCAAGGAGGUUGAUAAGUUGAGAAACAAGUUUCAGAACACCUGGACUUCGUCAUCAGAGUCAGAGUUGGAGCCAGAAGAGAAUGAAGAGGAUAUUCUCCGGCCCUGGAAGACCCGCUCUACGCGUGUAGAGCAAAUUCCGGAUGACGACGACGACUUUGUUCUCCCCAAUGAGGACGAAAUCCAGGAAAACAAGCAGGAAAAGAGAUCCAGGGCAUCUUUGCCGUCGAGAAAGAGGGCUAUCUCAGCCGCGUAUGCGCCCGCUGAACCGAGAAAGAGGUCAAACACAGCAAUCAAGAAGUCGGCAAAUACGGUGGCUCCUGUUGCUCGAGCGACCAACAAGAGAAAGGCAGCGCAGACUCAGGAGAACCAGGUCGGUCCCAAGAAGCGUCGUGUGAAUGACGAAACAUCAUCCACCCGUGCUAGCUCCAGCACAAGCCGCAGUCUGCGAAGGAAAUCUGCGCCCGCUGUCGAGGAUCUUUCCGAUGGGGGGGAGUAUGAUGAGGGGAAGAAGAGCAAACCAGUCAGGGGAAGGCGCCAGCCCGGGGGUGUCUGGGGAGACGCCAACACCAUGUUCACAAACGGCCUGGGUGGCUUUAUGAAGCGUUCUGAUGUAGCUGCCCUGCCCAACACCAAGUACCGACCCGGCGGAUCGUUCGGCGGUGGAAAAUGGCUGGAAGAGGACACUGGGAUCAUGUGGCUCCCCGUGAAUCCGGCAGAACAAUGCAGGAAGAAUGUGGUUGAAAAUCAAGCCACGGCGAAUUGCGCGUCGGGGGCCGAGGUUGUCGGGACCGGAGAGAAGACAACCAAAAAGAGAACAAAGACGACGACUCAGGCUGUCAAGAAGACUACCCGGCUGGCUUCUCAAGCAGCCACGCCCUCUCCUUCCAAGAUAGUGUCGUCACAAGUCACCCACUCGUCAGCUAUCAUCGGGCACAGCAGUCCCGCCAUGGCCCCAAAGGGCGAGAGCUUUGAGGAACUCCUGUCGUCCAAGGGGUUUUACACCCGCGAGAAGUUUGAGACAGAUUCUUUGUUUUGGGCUUACAUCUCUGCGCUGGGCCCGCCGUUCUCGACGCAUCCCGGUGCGCCAACUCCCCAGUCCCCUCCCAAGGGAAAGAGCCUGGAUAACUACAUCCCAACCCAGACACGCACCGAGAAUGAGGUGUAUCUAGCCACUCAGAAAGCAACGGGCGGUAAGGUAUCCCGGUCUCAAGACGAACAGACACAGGGACAGGGCCAACAGAAUGAGGAGAUCCAGGAGAAACUCCAAAAGAGUACUAGGGAGACUCAGGGGACAAAGAGAAACCAGGAGACCCAGGAGAAGCCUCGGCACGAAUCCCUAGAGAAAACCCAGGAGAUGUCUGAUGGUGGCAACCAAGAAGCGGGCCAUACCAUCGAACAGACCCCACAGUCCGCCGGAGAAGUCCACAAGGAGAUUCAACAGCAGAACCCCCAAGCUGGGGAAUCGAAGGAGAACGACCUCCAAGAUGUUCUCAAGAAUCAAGGUUUCGAUUUGGACAAUCCACCAGCACUCGAUACAACUGAGAAGCUGGGGAGAUACCCAACAAGGUUGAGAAGCUCUGUGUUUGGUCUGAUUCCGAGUAACGGGGGUUCAUCUUCCGACUCUUUCUCUUCUCCCAAAGGCACUCCUAGCAAGAAGCCGGUCACCAGCAAGUCUGCGAGCGAAGAGCCUACUACAACAGAGGCUCCUGCCGAAAAGGCCCCGGAAGAGCUUGACACCGAGGAUACUGGCACCGAGGAGCAUGCGUCUCAGGAUCCAGCCAGCACAGGCGCCAUAGGCGGUCUCAUGACUAUCCGGACUCUUCGUCCCCGGAAAGGCAAGGACCUUCGGAGAAAUGAUAUGAAAUGA